AGCGUCACUGUCUCCUUGCAAACAGCUGCGCUCCAGCCCUCUGUCUUUGGCGGCGAAACGGCAAACCUCACAUUCUCUUCAAAUCAGACAUCGACCUCACCCUCCACUGCUGCCAGACAAAGAGCUGGCACACAACAGCCUCCAGUUCAUCAACACAUACGUGGCGGUGCUUCUUAUCUCCAAGGGGAACAAGUGA